GCCGCGGUGUCGUUAAACGCACGGCGGCUGGGGAGGAAACUACCGGCUCCCGGGAGGAAGCGGGGGCGGCGAGGAGUAAGGGCUGCGGCCCGGGACCGGGAUGUGGUUCAGCUCGGGACUCUGCCUCGCUGUUUGAGGCCAUACCAUGCACCCAGCAGUGGCAGUGGGGCUGGUGUUCGGCGGCUGCUGCAGCAACGUGGUGUUCCUGGAGCUGCUGGCCAGGCAGUUUCCAGGAUGUGGGAACAUAGUGACAUUCUCCCAGUUCCUAUUUAUCGCUGUGGAAGGCUUUAUCUUCGAAGCCAACUUUGGGAGGAAGAAGCCGGCCAUACCAAUAAGGUACUAUUUCAUCAUGGUGGCCAUGUUCUUCACUGUUAGUGUGGUGAAUAACUAUGCCCUGAACUUAAAUAUUGCCAUGCCACUGCACAUGAUCUUCAGAUCAGGCUCUCUCAUAGCAAGCAUGGCUCUAGGUAUCAUAAUAUUGAAGAAAAGAUACAGCAUAUAUAAAUACACGUCCAUAGCCCUGGUGUCCCUGGGGAUCUUCACCUGCACUUUCAUGUCUGCAAAGCAAGUGGCGUCUGACUCCAGCUUAAAUGAAGAGGAUGGACUUCAGGUUUUCUUGUGGUGGCUGUUAGGUAUUGCUGCACUCACGUUCGCCCUCCUCAUGUCUGCCAGGAUGGGGAUUUUCCAGGAGAUGCUAUACAAGCAGUUUGGGAAGCACUCCAAAGAGGCCCUUUUUUACAAUCAUGCGUUACCACUCCCUGGCUUUCUCCUCCUUGCUCCAAACAUCUACCACCAUGCAGUCCUCUUCAGCCAGUCUGAGCCAUUCCAGGUCCCAGUGAUCGGCCUGACCCUGCCAAUCAUGUGGUUCUACCUCCUCAUGAACGUCAUCACUCAAUACGUCUGCAUCCGAGGCGUCUUCAUCCUCACCACGGAAUGCACCUCCCUCACCGUCACGCUGGUGGUGACGCUACGCAAGUUUGUCAGCCUCAUCUUCUCCAUCCUAUACUUUCGCAACCCCUUCACGGCCUGGCACUGGCUCGGCACCGCCUUCGUCUUUGUUGGGACUCUCAUGUACACGGAGGUGUGGAACAGCCUCGGGCCUUUCUUGGCCCGCUGGAAGAAGAGGCCAAAGGAGGAGUAGCAGCCACGGACUCUCUGCAGGGACCUUUUUAUUGUUUUAUAGAGCAGAGCAGCAGGGAAUCCCCCAGAGGGGGAUUGUUUUUAUAACACAGGGGAGGUGUUGGCUGUGCCAAGCUCCUGGGAAAUGUGAAGCCUCCACUGGGAACCGAUCUGAAAUGGAUCCUGGAGAGACGAUACGGUUAUUUUUGCAAGGUUAAAUUUCUUUUGUGUAACUCCUCCGGCUUCCAACCUCUCCCUUUGUUUUUUUUUUUUGUUUGAAUAACCCUUUUUAAGUAAUGUAAAAGCCAGUUCUCUGCUAGAAGCCCAACGUUAUCGUGGUGUUGUCUCGUCCUUCCAGUUUUCAUGUGCUGGACCCUCAACCUGUGUGGUGCCGUCCUUUAAUGUCCUGGUGGCCAUCAUGGAUGGCUGAGCAUUGGGGGAGUGCUGUUUGUGCCAGGCCUGGCUGUUAACCUGAGUCCUUGGUGCCUGAUCUUGUUGGAUACAUGUGUAGCUGGAGCCUUGCAGUCUGACCAGUAGAUCCUCCACUGGGCAGUGGCUCAGGUAGCUGAUCCAAGCCUCAUCGCUUGUAGCACGACCAGUUUUGGAGCCUGAGGAAACCAAGAAGGGUGAUGCUAAGGAGACAGAAAGUGUUACCUUUGCAGCCUUCUCAGGGAGAUGGUGAAGUGCUGUUGAGACUUCGCUGAGGCUUUGGGCAUUUCCUGCUGCUUCACCAGCUGGAGAGGAUCAUGGGUUCCUCCUGCCUUGGUUAGGUGCUCAGUGCAGGUCACUUCUCAGUUGCUUCCUGCUGUUUCCCUCAUUACAAGUAUGUUUUGUGAGCUUUGUUUCCACAAACCAUGCUGAGCCACCAACGCGUCUUUGAUCCCCUCAGAUCCAGCCACACCUCCCAGAUCCAGCCACACCUCAAGGUUCAAACGAUGCCAAGAAACUUAAGAAGGGCCAGUGCAUCUGAGCUUAUUUCUGCUGCUGGCGGUGAGCUGGUUUUACCAUUCCUUCACCCAGUUCUCCUCUCUUCUCCCACCCCUUGGGCAUCAGCUUUGCUUGUGGCAUCAUAGCAGCUCUCACCUGGCACAGGACCGGUGUCUCUUGGUGUCACCCCUGGGUGUCACAGCUUGUCUGGAGCUGCAGGAGCUUUGGGUUUGUGACUCCCAGCAAGGUGAGGAACAGCAGCCGUAGCUUUCCCAGGAGCUGCUCAUUGUUGGGCAGGGUGUUAGCAUGGAGCUUUGGAGUAGCUGGGAGCACUGUUUCGUGCUGCCUCACUUUUCCUGGAGCAUCUUGUCCUCAUCAUUGUGAUACUGUCCCUGCUCAGCUGGGAUAAUUGAGGCACCCAGCAAUGUCAGCCUGAUUCCCAUCAAGCUUGGACACGUAAGGACUUGUACUCUGUUAUUCCUCCACCCACCGAUGGCUUCCAGCCUUGGUGUUUGCAGCCCUUCCAAUGUUAAACCUGCGCUUGCGGUGGGUGAAUCCCAGCUGGCAGCAAAGCACCAUGAAAAGAUGGGGAGAUAAAAGAGCAAACCCAAGGAAAACUGUGAGUAGAGCUGAGUAUGGUUUAACAGCAAAGGAAAGGGGGAAACACCCAAGUGAUGCAAAGGCAAACUCCUCACCAUCUCCCACCAUCAGACCUGUGCCUAGUCAGUCCCGGAGCAACAGCCACCUUUCCCAAACCUCCUCCCUUCUGGUUUUAUUGUGGAUUUUCAGCUGUCUUGACUUUGCCCCUUCUCAGGUUCUUGUCCACCCAUGGCCUAAUUGGGGGUGGGAGGCAGAGUCGGAAGGGAAAAAAGCUAAAGCCUGGGUGAUGUAUGAGCAACACUGAUAUGUUGGCAGCGCUGUUUCAGCCAUAACUCCAAAGCACAGCACUGUAUGGGUCACUAUGGACAAAGUUAACUCCACCCCAGGCAGUAGGAUGCUGAUGGUAUCUGCAGCUCACUCCUUCCUGGGGUGCUGAAGGGUUUUCCCUUCUGGUUUUGAUUGUUCCUGAGCCUGAAAAACCUGGGAUGCUUCCAAGGAAUUUGUAGCUGGGGAGGCUGUUUGCCAACGGCUACCCCCGGCACCUCGUGCAGGUCAGCUCUCGCUUCCAGGUGUUUGUGCAGGCUCCAGGAAAGACUCUGCAAGGCAAACCCCUUCUCCCACACCUUGAUCUUCAAAGCUAUUAACACAGAGCUUCAGGUGUGGCAGGGAGGGAGGGGAACACAACGCAAACCCAGCACGAAAGCAUCAGGGACGCUGGUGGUGUUCAUCAGAGCUUAAACCACUGAGGUGUUAACACCAGGCUGGAACAGGUUGGGCAGUGGGAGCUGUAACUCCUCGUAGGUGGCCAUGGUGGUGAUUGCUGUAGCCUGGGCUGGGGAUUUGAGCAAAGCAAUUGCUGAGCAGGUGCCUGAGUGAGCGUAACAGACUGUACAUAACCUACUUGCUAGGUCGCUCUUCGUAUCAGCAGCAUUCCAUGUUGUCUGCAGUUUCUGUGUGGUGCUGGUAGGUCUGCGGAUGCUUGGGUUUCUCUUUUUUUUAACCAUGUGCUGUACUUCGUCUUCACUCCCACCAGAUGUCAACAACAACGGGUUAUUAUUUGGCAUUUGGGUGUAUUUUUUUACUGUGUGAUAUGUGUGUUUCUGAAUAUUUAUAAUAGUUAGAUCAUUGCAGAAGUGGCAGCGAUUCCCUUCCUGUUGUAGGAGAGUGGGUGAACUUGCCCAGCUGUGAGAUGGAGAGAAGGACCAUGUAGGAGGGUCCUGUUAGCCAAAACCAGUAUCUGAAGCCAGGGCUCCUUCCCAAACAGGGCUAUAGGUUUCUUUGGAUUUUAAUAUUUGCUGUAGAGAUAAUAGCAUAUAUUUUUAGCAGAGGCUGGAUGAGCAGGUGAGCCAAAGUACUUUUUGACCAGUGUUGUGCAUUUGCAGAGCUGGUGGGUUUAGGGUGACAUUUUUGGUUUUGUUUUAAAUGCAAAAUAAACGUGUAUCCUCUUCAAAGUGCGC